AGCCGCGGCGGUCGGCCGGCGCUAUGAGUUCCUUCAAGGGGCAGAUGGCCGAGUACCCGACCAUCUCCAUAGACCGCUUCGACAGGGAGAACCUGAAGGCCCGCGCCUACUUCCUGUCCCACUGCCACAAGGCUUGAAGGUUUGCUUAUACUGUUCACCUGUUACUAAAGAGUUGUUGUUAACCAGCCCGAGGUACAGAUUUUGGGAGAAACGAAUCGUAAGUUUUAUUUUUUGAAUGACACUAACUCUUCUUCUCAAGGGGAAAUAUUUUUUGAGGUCGAUUAAACAAAGCUUUCGAAUUAUUCAAAGCCCAGUUCCUCCUACACUACAUUUAUCCACAUUAAUUACAAUAUUGAUGUUUAGUCUUUGUAAUUCAUCAGUUUAGAGGAGGCAGACAUUUUAUUGUUGCCGAUUUGUUUUUCUUGUUCCUUAACAGUUUGAUCUCAGGUCUUAGUUUUGCUGGUUUAAUCUCAUUCACUCUUGCUAAGUUGCAUUUUAAUGCUUUAUAGUGUAAAAUAUUUAACACCGUUGAUAAAUCAUUUUAUUUAGGUCACAAUGUAGCCUGGGAAGAAUGAACACAUCUUAUGGGUUAUGAUAAAGGGAUAACAACCGGAAUAAAAAUAGAGUAGACAACUUUGAAUCUGACAGAUUCAAAAUUGUUCAAUGGAAAGUAGAUAGUAAAGGGGAGAAACAAAAGAAUGGUAUAUGGAAAAUGUAAAGAUGCCAGGAAAGGUUCUGUUAUAGCAGUAAUUACUAUAAAUAUGGCUUUAAUUUAACUUUUGCUCAAACUGUAAUUUUUUCAGUUUAGGUUAAAAAAAAAAAAGAAGAAAAGAAAGCUCCAUCAGUCUUAGUCUACAAGAGACUUAGAUAAAACAGAAGGAGAAAUGCAGGUUGAAAUGGAAAGAAUAAUCCAAAAAGGGAAAAGAUGUACUCAACAGUUAGAAGCCAGAAAUGCCAGAGUGGCAAUUUUUGUAUCAUACAAAAUAGAAUCGAAGGCAAAAAGAGAUCUUUGUUUCAAAGAGGAUGUUAUUUACUGUCAGAAGGAACAGAGGAUGGGAAAGAUAAGAAUUUUAACGUCCAAUUGACAUACUGGCCUCAAACUGGAUAAAACAGUAACUGAUACCUGGUGCUUGAUCAGAGAGAGAGGACGGCUGUGGGGGAAAUACAGUUAGGGUUCACUAUACAGAUUAAACUUUAAGUAAUUGUGGGAGCUGCCAGAGAAGUCUGAACAAGUGUCAGAGUCUGAUGUUUGUCUACUGACAGCUUUCAACUCUCACAUCCUCUUUCCACUAGUACCCCACAUUUGGGCGGGCUAAUAAAAAAAAGCCUACCCCUCCCUUGGCAUUGACAUGAAGUUCAAACCACAAGCCCAGACAUACCCCCUAACCACAAUAAAAACCCAGGGCCACUUGCUCCUACGGUCUUCAGGCCAUGAGAGCCACUUCCUCCCAGCUGGAGCACUGCUCUCCUGUCUCCGUAAAGUCCCACAGCAUGAGAAAUACGGGGUUUUCAUAGCCUCUCAGUGUACGUGUGGCACGUUCAGCCUCGACCUCUGACAGUAACUUGGUGGGAUCCAUCCCCACUCCGCACAGUGACCCUACACGCCAAGGCUGGAACCUCGGCCCAGUGUUAGGCCUGACAUUGGCUGUGGAUCAGCCCAGCCUGCAGUCAGGAAGUGGAGCUGAGAAAUGAAGAGCAGAGAAGAGCUGGGCUGGAGUCUACAAGGACAGACUGGAGCCCCUGUCUGUCUCUCACUCCUUCCAGCCUUGGUAGGUUCUGUGCUCCUUGCCCAGGCCUUCAAGAAGCCGAAGGAGGAUAUGCAGCCACAGGUGGGAUUGCUGCAGUCCUGCCCUGUGUCUGUGAGCUGAGCCAGCAGAUACACAUCCAUGAACUGGUGGAGUUUCUGGAGCUCUUCAGAGCAUUAAGAAAUGGCUGCUGGUUCACUUUGGCCGUCCGCAUCUCACACAGAUGUUUCUAGCGGCUAGCUCCAACCUGGAGGUGUAUGCCGAAGGGACCUGUAGGACAGUUCCAGCUCGAGGAGUGGUGCAGUCCAAGGCCCCCUCACAGUCUCAGGGAGACUAGGCUGCUUGACAGGAGUAGCUGGAGGACUUCCCACACUGCUCAGAAGCUGAAAGAGGAAGGAGGCAGGAAGUAAGCGCAGAGACUUGAAGAGCAUGACUAAUAAAGGCGAACUCAUGGCAGUCCGAGGCACCCAAAGGGAAAACCAGAUCUUUGGUAUACACAGAACAUUUACAACAAUUGACCACAUACUGUGUCGCAGAAGAAGCAGGAAAUCCUAGUGAUCUGUCCUCUGCAGUGCAGUGAUGCUGGAAGUCACAAAUAAAAGGAGAGCUCAGAUCAUCCCACACCUAUUGGAACUGAGUGCAUCUAAUAAGCGACCAUUAGGUCAAAGAGGAAAUUAUAAAGAAAACCAUGUAAUACUUAGGACUGACGGACAGUGAAGAAGACACACCAUGUCAAAAUGUGUGUAACAUGGCUAAAUUAGCACUUGAAGGGAAGUUGCCAGCAUUAAGUACAUCUCUUAGGAAACAAAGACUAGAAUUACAUGGAAUGAGUCUUUGACUCCAUAAGAAGGAGAAGGAACAACAAAUGUGAAAGAAGGAGAUAAUAAAGGUAAAAGGACAAGUUAGCGAUGCAGAGACCAAUAGCUACCGCAGAAAAUAAAAGGGAAGGUUGACAAAAGUCAAAGCUCAUCUUUAGAGGAGUAGAACUAGAUUUCUGUCAAUGUUUAAAAAAGAAGAUGCAUAUAAAAAUACAGAAUUAUAAAAAGGAAAAGAACUAUUAAUAGCAGCAGUACAUUUUUUUUGAAAAUGAAUGAUAGUAUAUUUGAUAAUUUGGGCAAAGUGGAUAAAUCUCUGGAUAAGUAGGAAAAUAACCAGACUGAGGCAAGAAAAGUGGAAACCUUGAAUAAGUAAACAUUGAGGAAAUGAAAACAAUUUGCAAAGAUCUCUUCUUCAGUAAAGUCCCAGGUCCAGAUGGUUUUAUAGGUGCAUUUUGCCAGAUGUUCCAAGGACAAAUACUCCCCACACUAGGUGUGCUUUUGUGGGAUAUAGUAAAGAGAUAUCCAUUGAAAUUGAAACUCCUACCCAGAUACCUUUAGUUGAUGAAGCAUCAGGGGAGAAGGAAGAUAUUGUUGUGACUCUCUUACCAGCUGGUCACUGUCCAGGAUCAGUUAUGUUUUUAUUUCAGGGCAAUAAUGGAACAGUCUUGUACACAGGAGACUUCAGAAUGGCAAAGGGAGAAGCUGCUAGAAUGGAGCUUCUGCACUCCGGAGGCAGAGUGAAAGACAUCCAAAGUGUGUACUUAGAUACUACUUUCUGUGAUCCGAAAUUUUAUCAAAUUCCUAGUCGAGAGGAGUGUCUGAGGGCAAUAUCGGAGCUGGUUCGAAGCUGGAUCACUCGCAGUCCCUACCAUGUUGUGUGGCUGAACUGCAAAGCAGCUUACGGGUAUGAGUAUCUAUUCACCAACCUUAGUGAAGAGUUUGGAGUCCAGAUUCACGUGGACAAACUAGACAUGUUUAGAAACAUGCCAGACAUUCUCCAUCAUCUCACAACAGACCGUAACACUCAGAUCCAUGCCUGUCGUCAUCCGAAGGCAGAGGAAUAUUUUCACUGGAAUAAAUUACCUUGUGGAGCUAUUUCCAAAAACAGAAUCCCGCUCCACACAAUCAGCAUUAAGCCAUCCACUAUGUGGUUUGGAGAAAGAACCAGAAAAACAAAUGUAAUUGUGAGGACUGGAGAGAGUUCAUACAGAGCUUGUUUUUCUUUUCAUUCUUCCUACAGUGAGAUUAAAGAUUUCUUGAACUACAUCUGUCCUGUGAAUGUGUAUCCAAAUGUCAUUCCAAUAGGCACAACUUUGGAUAAGGUUGUAGAAAUCUUAAAGCCUUUAUGCCGAUCUUCCCAAAGUACUGAGCCAAAGUAUAAACCACUUGGAAAAUUGAAGAGAGCUAGAAAAACUCACCUAGACUCAGAGGAGGAAGAUGACCUCUUUGAUGAUCCUGUGCCAUUACCGUUAAGGCACAAGGCUCCAUACCAGCUAACUCUCCACCCUGAGGUAUUUGUAAUGACUGCAACAUCACAAAACCAGCCUGAACAAUGGAGACAAAGCACUGGGUACCUCAAAGCAGAGAGCAUGCAAACCAUUCCUUGGGCAAACUUUGUAGAUUGUGAAGAAUCUAAUAGUGAAAGUGAAGAAGAAUUACAAACCCCAGCUUCAUCUCAAGAAGACUUGGGUGCUGUCACACAGCAGCAGCAAAAGGCUGAUGUAGAAGUACCACAGUGGGAAAUAUUCUUUAAAAGAAAUGAUGAAAUCACAGAUGACAGUUUGGAAAACCUCCCUUCUUCUACAGAGGCAGGGGGUUCUCAGUCACCGAAGCUUUUAAGUGACUCUGAUGGGGAAUCAACUCAUAUUUCUUCCCAGAAUUCUUCUCAGUCAACACACAUAUCUGAACAGGGGAGUCAAGGCUGGGACAGCCAAUCUGAUACUGUUUUGUUAUCAUCCCAAGAGAGAAACAGUGGGGAUAUUACCUCCUUAAACAAAAGUAGCUACAGACCAAAAAUCAAGGAGAAUAUCCCUGCUUCUCAGAUGGAACAAAAUGUACUUUGUCCAAGGAAUACUUCCUCUGACUUGAAACACAGAGAUCAAAAUGUAAAGGUAGUUCCCAGUGUUGGAGAACCGACUGCCCUAAGCAGUGGGAAACACAUACCUCAGGAGAAAAGGAUGCUAAAUCUUAGCACCAAUGCAGAUUCCCCGAGCUCCUCAGAUUUCGAAAUUCCCUCAACACCAGAGGCUGAGCUACCUAAAGGAGAGCAUUUGCAAUAUUUGUAUGAGAAGCUGGCAACAGGUGAGAAUAUAGUCCUUGAAAAGAGAAAAAGCUCAUUCUUAGAUACUUAAAAAUUUUAAAGCUUGCAUUCUCGAGCAACCACUAAAAAAACCUACACUAAAGAGGUAAUAGUUCAAAUCAUACCAGACAUAUCAGAGUGGAGUAAAAACGCUCCUGUAACCUAAAACAGGGCAGUAAAGGGGAAGCAGAGAACAAAAACUGGGACAGAUACGGUAGAACUAAAUCCAGACCUCAAUAAUUACAUUAAGUGAAAAUGGCCAAAACGCACCAUGAAAACAUAGGGGAAAAACAGUCCUCCUAUAUAUAGUGAAUGAUGCAGGUAGGUUAACAGUAAAGAAUGGAAAAAGAUCCCUAAAUACUACUUAAAGCCGGAAUGACCAUAUUAGCAUCAGGCAAAUUUCUAAUGAUAAAAGAUCUAGACACAACGCUGUAUGUGUAUGUACCUAAAAACAGCUUCCAAAUACAAAGAGCUAAAACCAAGGAGAAAGACAAACUAAUGCACAAUUCUAGCUAGGGACUUGCCCAUUCCUCUGUCAGUAACAGAAUCAGCAUACAGGAAGUGAGCAAAGAUACAGAAUGAAUAGCACCACUGACCAACUGGAUCUAACUGACGUAGAACACUCCACCCAACAACAUAAGUGCCCAUGGCACACUGACCACGAUAGACAACCGUAUCCUGCAGGUCAUAAAAUGCUUCAAAAAUCAGCCCCUUAUUUAUCUCAAAAGCUGUAUCACUUACAAAUGCUGGUAUGAAUACAAUGACAAAAUUUAAAGCAGAAAAAUUAGAACCUAAAAGAAAAUAAUUAAAUGGCAAAAGCAUUAAUGUGUUCUGAGUUGUUUUCCUUCAAGUCCAUCAGUGGGGUAUGUCAUCAACACUUUGGGGUAUGCUGGCAUUUUAUACAUUACGGAAGCAAAAAGAUUACACUUACAAUGAGUUUAAGUAGAGAAUCUAAAACAAUCUGCAGAUUAAAUGGAAUGAUAUGCAUUAUCAUGCGUAUCACUGACCCCUUUUUCCUACCUCAGCAGCUACUCCCCAGUUUUUGAUGAAAUAUAUUCCACAGACUCCAUAUGACUCGGGUAGAAAUACAUUCACCCCAUUUUACCCCUCUCUCCCAUGAGUACUAUUACUAAAUGCAAAGUGAAUAUAAAAUUAUUAAGGAAACCAGCAGAGAUUGCAGAUCAUUGGUUGAGUAUCAAGUCAUAACUACAACAGGCCUAAUAAAACCUAGAGACUUUACUUUUUAUUUUCAGCUCUAAAAAUUAGUUACACUUAAUUAUUACAAAUCAUGUAAUCAGGGCAGCCCCGGUGGCGCAGCGGUUUGGCGCCGCCUGCAGCCCAGGGCGUGAUCCUGGAGAUCCUGGAUCGAGUCCCACGUCAGGCUCUCUGCAUGGAGCCUGCUUCUCCCUCUGCCUGUGUCUCUGCUACUCUCUCUCUGCAUCUCUAUGAAUGAAUAAAUAAAUAAAAUCUUAAAAAAAAAUCAGGUAAUCAAAUGUAACUAUAUAUUCACUGACACUGAAGACCUCACCUUUAACAGCCUAGCUUAUAACCCAAAACAUGCCUGUAAACAUUCUGAAUUUUUUAGCACUUUAUAAUCACACUAUCCAUUUAAUAUUACAUACUGCCGUGUUCUCAUUGUUCUAUAGGUGAAUCUGGCAUAAUAAAUGCCAGCUGAAUGAAUAUAAGGGCUAGGAGCACUAGAACAAACUUAGGGAAAAAAAAAACUUGUAGCCAUCACUGAAGAUUACAGUACAGAAGAACUGUAGUAAAUACUUACAUAUGGUGCUUACUCUAUGAUGAUGAUUCAUUCUUUUACACACUGGAUAUCAACUCCAUUAAUUCUCACCACCACCCUUUGAGGUAGAGAAAUUAUUCUCCCCAUUCACAAAUGAGGCUAAGGCACAGAGAGGUUAGUUCACACAGCCGGCAGGGGAUGAAGCCAGGAAUGAAAAUGCUGGCAACUCAAGCUCCAGAGUCCAUGCUCUUAGCCAGCAUGUAAUAAUGCCUCUCAAAAAGAGCACAGGAGGAAGCAGGAUUAAUUAUAGUGACUACUUGAUUUUUACUUUAAGAACUGUAAAGUAUAAAAGAAAAAGUGAAAAAAAGUUUCAAAAUGCCAAGAUACAGCACAGACACAGCCCAGAUGCUAGCCACAUUUGCCUUAGGAAUCCAAGAGUUACAUGUUUGUUGAAACUAAAAGUAUAAAAUUGAGUGCAUUAUAGUCAGGUGUUACUGGCCCCAAGCUGGGUGAUCUAUGGGUGUGUUAAUCUUAUCUACCCAGUCUAGACCCUUUCCUUUGCUGUGCUAUAGGGCCAAGAGCACCAGACUCACAGGCUUAGGAGAAGCACAAGAGCACAUAUAAAGAGCACAUAUAAAGCUUUAUUUAACAUAAAGCUUCCAUUCUUUGAGCAAGUCUUAGGAUAUAAAGAGCCUAAGACUUGCUCAAAGAAUGGAAGCUUUAUGUUAAAUUUCCUGGUGACUAAUAAUGCUCAAAAAAUUUUACAAGUAUCUAUCCAUAUCCAUUUUAUGCUAUGUAAAAUUCUACUCUAAUAUUUAAAUGGAUCAACCAUGACUGAUAAACUUCUUAAAAGGCAAAUAACAUUUAAGGGAAUAGUAUAAAAACCUCUGGUUAAUUUCAAAAGAAGUAGGCAGGAAUACACUGGUGUUUUUGGCCCUUUUGUAGCCUUACUGGAAAAGACAGUAAAAUAUUCAGAAACAAAAGCUAACCUACAAUAAAUAGAAAAUCAAAUGCCAAACUAAAUUUAUUUGGCUAAAGAAAAGUGAACUGUAAGAAAAAUAAGUGCAGUCUAGAUUUUGCACAUAGAGGGAAAAGACCCUGAGGUUGCCAAUUGUGUAUCGCGAUCCUUAUAUAGAUACUGAAAACAACGGUAUUAGUAAAACUCAGACUGGAUUAAUUUACAGUUUAAACUUGAUCUAAAUAUUACCCUUGAAUUUUGGCUAUACUUAUACUGAAGGAACAAAUUCUGACAACUUAAGAAACGAAAGAAGCUAAAUGUUGACAAAAUAGUUAAAAGCUUCCAACAGUUUCAUGUAGAGGGUUUCUAGUUUACUAAGUCCAACUUUUUAAUAAAGUAAGGGUAACAGGUCAUUAAAAUCUCAAAGAUCCAUUAAAUUUCUAGUAAUAAAGACAAAAUGAAACAAAUUUACUGAAAAUAGCCAUUUUCCCUUUGCCCUCCUGUUUUACAUUUUUUUUAACCACAAAAAGUAGACAAGAUUAACUGGAUAGUACAACUGACUUUUUAAGAAGAAUAUUAAAAUUAUAUCUUUAAACCUGUUGAAGAAUUAUGAUUCAAAGUAAGCGUGGCCAUUGGAGCAUUAUAAAUCUGUGAUGUUCUCACCACCGACACCAUGUGACUAAUUUCUCAUAAAAAAGAAAAAAAAACUAAGAAAUGGCACUAAAAAAAUGUAUUUUUCCUUGACACCUUCUGCAGAUUUUGGUUAAUACACUGAGGCUCCAAACAUGUUAAAAAUUUACCGUAUAUUAUAAAAGAGCAAAAUCAUGUGGUAGCUAUAAAAAUAUAAUGCAUAAACAAACACAGCUUCUCCCAAA